UAGACUUAUCUAUGGUUCAAUGUUGUUGAGGUUAGAGUUGUUUAUGUUUGAAAAAUUCACUCAAAUAUUUUCUUUAAAUAAAUUGUAAUGGAAAUUGAAGGCGAAAUAUCACAAUUGGAGAAGCAAGCACUGACACGAAAAGAAAGAUUGAAUCAGCUUAAAAGGAAACAUAAACCUGAUGAUGAAUCUAAUAACAAAACAGAUUAUUCAUUACCAAAGCCCAAAUUCAGGAGUUACAAACCAGAACACGAAGAAUUGAGUAAACAUAAACUACCUGAUGCGAAACCAGAAGACUUAACAGAAGAAGUUAAAACCCAACUGGAAUCUGCUAAAGAAAGUAUUAUAAUAGAUAAUUUAGAUUUAUCUACUCUUGCGCCUCGUAAACAAGACUGGGAUUUGAAAAGAGAUCUUGCUAAAGAACUUGAAAUUCUAGAGAAAAGAACUCAGAAAUCCAUUGCUGAGCUCAUAAGAGACGAACUAAAGAAGAGGCAGAAUUUAGCGGAUGUGGCAAAUAUGGAUAUGCCAGGAUCAAAAUUAGUGACAUCUUAGUACACAUAAGAAAGGCGCAUUUCUGGAGCAGUGAAUUUUUCCUAAUAUAGCUAGUUUCAAAGAAGUGCAUAGUAGGAACUAGUAUCUGAAGGGACAGCAGAAUGAUAUUUAUGAUAGUUUUGUCAAGGAAUGAUUUUAUUCAGAAUCACAUUCUGAUAUUGUGAUUUCGUUAACUGAAAAGUUUGUUGAACAUAUCUACAUUAAAUCUUUACUUACAUAUAAAA